AUUUCCAAUAGCGCCAACUGUUUGGUGAUAGCAGCGCCAGUGAGGGGAGGCAGGGACAGGGGCAAGGGGCUUUUCUAUGGCCACCUUGGAAAGCCAUGCAAGAUCCCUGGCUCAACCAGAAAAAGAAGACAUCCAAAAACUGUUCAACUAAAUAAUCGCAUAUUAGUAGGAAAAACAACCGUAACAAUUUUUACUCAGUCAGCACAGAGCCUUUAUGAAGUUCAUGACUCUGAAAUCGAACAGCGAUCAAUAGAAGAAGAGUACUGAAAUAAUCAAAAGGAAUAAGAGAUAAUUAAGUAGACUAAAAUGCGCGUCUGAAACAAAUUGAUUUGAAGUGUCUAUAGAGUGCAAGGCUACAUGGAAAAUACCCCAAAAAUAUUCAAGAACAAUACAAAGAACAUAUUCUAAGCACAGUGCCAAGGAUCUCUUAAAUCGUUUUUGAUGACAGGUGAAGGCGGAUCCAUUCUGACAGAAAAUAUUUGAUCUUUACCAACAUUUUUAAAAAGUCAUUGAUUUGACUCCUCCUUUAAAACUACAUUUUUUUUGUCUGCAGUCACAGAAGGGAAGGUAUGAGUGGAGGUCGUUUUGAAUUUGAUGAUGGUGGAGCUUAUUGUGGUGGUUGGGAAGGUGGCAAAGCCCAUGGGCAUGGGAUCUGCACCGGACCUAAAGGACAGGGCGAGUUCUCCGGCUCCUGGAAUUACGGGUUUGAGGUGGUUGGAGUCUACACCUGGCCAAGCGGAAACGCCUAUGAAGGCUUCUGGUCGCAAGGGAAGCGCCAUGGUCUUGGAGUUGAGACUAAAGGACAUUGGGUUUACAAGGGAGAAUGGACUCAUGGCUUCAAGGGGAGAUAUGGCUUGAGGCUGAGUGUUGGUAGUGGGGCGAAGUAUGAAGGAACGUGGAAUAACGGAUUGCAAGAUGGAUAUGGCACAGAGACCUAUGCUGAUGGUGGCACAUUUCAGGGCCAAUUUACUGGCGGCAUGCGACACGGGUACGGAGUACGCCAGAGCGUGCCUUACGGCAUGGCGGCGGUGGUUCGUUCCCCUCUCCGCACUUCCCUCACAUCCCUCCGCAGUGAGCAAAGUAAUGGCACCCUGCUUCAGCAGGACGUCCCCGUCAUCAUCGCCACCAACGCCGCCGGCCAGGAGGCCCGAGUCACCACACCCACCCAGCUGGGACCCUCCCGGGGUGGCUUCGCCCUCACGCUCCAGGUGGACCCAGACGCCGUCAAGCCCAAGAAGAAGGGCCUGUUCCGAAGGGGGUCUCUCCUGGGGAAACUGAAGAAGUCUGACUCCCGUACUUCCUUAUCCAGCGUGAGGAGCAAGCUAAGCUUCCUGGGAGCGAGGAGCGAGUCAGCGUUGAGUUCAGCGGCCAGCGAUGUGGCCAGCGAUGCCAACUCCACCAUCAGUCUGGGAGAUGAGAGCCUAGCCGGGGCAGAGGAUUUCCCCCCUGUGGAGGCCGACAUCGAUGCCACCACGACAGAGGUUUACAUGGGUGAGUGGAAGAACGACAAGCGUUCAGGCUAUGGAAUAAGCGAACGUUCCAGUGGGCUAAAGUAUGAAGGCGAAUGGCUGGACAACCAGCGACACGGCUAUGGAUGCACUACCUUUGCGGAAGGAGGGAAGGAGGAAGGAAAGUAUAUGAACAACAUGCUGGUGAAGGCCAUGAAGAAGAGGGUUAUCCAACUGAAGGGCAGCAAGAUCAGGCAGAAAGUGGAGCGCAGUGUGGAGGGUGCUCAGCGGGCGGCAGCCAUCGCCAAACAGAAAGCAGAGAUCGCUGCCUCCAGGACGACCCAUGCUAAGGCCAAGUCAGAUGCUGCCGAUCAGGCUUCCCAGGCCUCCAACCAGGAGUCCAGCGUCGCCAGGGUGGUGGCCAGGGAACUGUCCCCUUCCUUCUAUCAGCCAGGCCCAGAGUACAUGAAAAAGAGAGCAUUACAGGAGAUCUCAGAGGCCAAUGAGCACACAGACCCUAUAAUGCAUGAGCAACUGUUAGCAGAGCAGCCACUGACACCUGCUGAAAGCCCAAUGCUGCACGACAGGCCUGGCUCCACUCCAGCCUGCACACCCUCCCCCAGCCCAGCCAUCACCCCUCCAGCAUCCAGGCACUCCAAACAGGGCAGCAUCAGCAAAGAGGACUCCCAUCUACUCGGCCCUGCUGGCUGGAACGGGGACAGAGGUGGUGGAAGUCGGGGGAGCAGCCGUCCCAACAGCAGAACCAACAGCCGACCCACCACCCCCUCGUCCAAUGUGGCCACCACCACUGCUCCCCCUGAAGAUUGCCCCACUUCUGCCCCCAUCCUUAGCAGCCGGGGGAACUCCCGCGCCUCCAGCCGCCUGAGCAACAAGAUAGAGCAGGGCUCUGACCUGGAGAUCAAGCCCCUGGAGAAGACGGCCUCUGAGGCUAAAUUGUCCAACGCUACUCCCUUGGUAAGGACCAGUGUCACCUACUCAGAAGAAGAAGUCCCACCCCCUCAUCCCGCCUCCAAAGAGUCUUCCAAAGCUGCCGUCACCCCCGAGCUGAAUGAGGCAGAGCCCACACAAAGAACAGAGUCGGUCAAUGAACGACCAGUAUCCGCUGUAUCUGAGAGCAAACCAGGGUCCAGCGCUCAGUCUGUUAAUAAAGUGUCACCCAAGCCAUCGCUGUCACCCAAGCCAUCGCCAAAACGAGAGGCCAGUCCGGCUUCAAAACCUGCCACACCUGCACCCAAACAAGCACCUAAGGUUGAACCCAAAGCGGAGGCCAAGCUGAUGAAGAACAUGGUAAAGAGCCCAGGUACAAGUGAAGUUACAGAGCUAGAUGAAUUUGAGCAGGGUCCGAACACCAUCGUGAUAACCAUGGUGAUUCUGCUCAACAUUGGCCUGGCCAUUCUCUUCGUACACAUCCUGUCAUGAAACUCUGUCGACCCAGGUCACCAUCUUGCAUUGGUGUUGAGAUAAGAUUGCCCACAUUUUUAAGCAAGGAUCAUCCAGAACAAAGAGACUACCAAGAAAUUCAAGCCUUAUAUGGAAGGAAACUGACAACAGCUUCUCCACACACAGCCUCUUGUGACUGUGUUGAGGCUCUUUAAGACCAAACUGAUUUUCAGAGUCUUGGAAUAUCUGGAGCCGAAUUGAAGGACUUAUGAAUCCUUAUGAAUCAAGACUGAAGGACAUCAAUGAAUCUGAAUGUCAGGAAGAGGGUCUGAAUGGACACGGUGCUUGUAGAGGGAUCCACUGGUGAGUUUCAGUAUCUACACUGGAGAUGUUGUUGCAUGUUAUACACAAGUUAAGUCUACGCUCAACGGCUUAACACCGACAGAUUGGAGUGGUUGUUGACUGGACAGGUGAGGUUGUGUUCACACAGUUAGCCCAAUUCUGAUAUUUUUUCCUCUAACUGGUCUUUUGACCAAUCAAAUCAGAUCUUUUCACAUUAGAUUUUUUUUUUAGAGAUGAUCUGAUUGGUCAAAAGACCAAUUAGUGGAAAAAAAAAUAUCAGAUUUGGGCUGUCUGUCUAAACGUAGCCUAAGUGUCAUUAAAUAAUUAGUUAUGUAAUUAGAUAUUCAUUUAACUGAUAGCUUGCCUAUAGAAAUGUAGUCUCUUGGAAAAUCUCAAAUAAACUGAAUAUCCAUCACUAAUUUGUUCCUUGAAAUUUAGUUUGAUAGAUCAGGUUUUCCCAAACACUGUCCUCUGGAUCCCAAGGGGUGCAUGUUUUGGUUUUUGUCCUAGCACUACACAGCUGUUUCAAAUAAUCAACUAAUCCUCAUUUGAAUCAGCUGUAUAGUGUUAGGGCAUAAAACCAAAACUUGCAAUACUCAGUGUUGCAAUUGAUAUAUUAUGCCACCAUUAGAUUAUCUGUUUUCUUUGUUUGGCAUAUUCUCAGCUUUCUUCAGUAGACAUCAGUAAAGAGAUCUCACAUUCUCUUUGACAUCACAGGGCUCUUGUAAGACAUGAACUACAGAAUAUAGAUUCGACAAUGUCUGAGAAUCAGUGAUUCUUUUAACCACAAUGGCAACACAACCCACCACAGCAGUGCAAUCAGUCAUGUACGGUUUUGUUUUCACAUCCAAUAUUCGCUUUCCAAGGCAAAUGUUUGAGUGAGUCACACUGGACUUGUGUUUAAAACAAUAUCUGUAACGGGAGUGGUACUGCACUAAUAAAAGGCGUUGUAUAAUUCAGUAAGAGGUUUUCAAAUGACAGAGAAUAGAGGAUACAUUUUAGGACUUUAACCAGUGUGUGUGGUAUUGAAUUUCUGGUGUAAUGUCUACUGUAUGUAAACUGUCUUAUGUUUGUCUGAUCAAAAGUAAGGUAAAGCACCCUAUUUUAGGGUUUGACUUCAAUAAAAGCAUGACUCAAUGGAGUCACAGUGACAAAUGUGGGUGGGUGGGGGGUCAAUUCUGUCAAAACAAUUGGGGAACACUUUGUAAAGAUUUUGAGAGGGUAAUUAUUUGAACAAAUGGGUUUGCUUUGUUAGAAUGUAAUUGUGAGCAGUUGUUUAGGGAUUUUGUUGGUCUGUAUGUUUGAGUAGGUCACACUAUUUAAAAUGCAUUUCAUUCAGAACAAACAGCUUGCGCUUCAAAAUCAAUUAAGCAGAUUUUCCUCCCAACUUUUGUAAGCAUCUGGGCACUGUUUGUUUGUGUGUGUGUUUUUGUACCUUUUUUGAAGUACACAUAUUUUAAUCUACGAAA